AUGAGUGACAAGGCAUACGACCAGAUGAAGCUGUCCUCUACUGUGUCGUCUCUGGAGGUGUUCCGAAUGAAUGUUACCAGAAAUAAAUGCGACUUGUCUCGGAGAGUAGCUUUUACUGCUGGAGUAACGUCUACUAGCAGCUCAUGGAACAGUGGUAUCUUAGUGUACAAUAAAGUAAUCAACAACGUGGGAGGAGGUUAUAACCCGAGCAACGGAAUCUUCACCGCACCAGUAGAGGGAGAUUAUGUGUUCUAUGUCACUAUCCAAAGUUACAGUAAUAACGUUAUAUACAUAGAUAUUGUGUUAAAUGGAUCUAGUAAGGUCCGAGCCGUGGCUUACAGCUACAGCUCAAACGAAUAUUAUGACGUGGGUACAAACCUUGUAACAUUACCAUUACAGAAGGGGGACACGGUAUGGGUAAAAUACCACAGCGGUACAGGUUAUGUAUCGGACAGUGACGCACCUCGUACCACUUUCUCUGGAUUCCUGAUUUGA